AUGAGGGCUCUGCGUCAGCAUCAGAAACGCAGGAACGGUGUGUCGGUGAUGGUGAACAAGGCUGUGCCUCGUGUUGUUCUGACUCCUCUGAAGGUCUCUGACGAGCAGCCUGAGUCUCCGUCAGGCCAUUUUAAAUGGACGAAGGCAGAAGAUAUUGACAUUGAAACUCCAGGGUCUAUAUUGGUAAACACUAACCUGCGGGCGUUGAUCAACAAACAUACCUUUGCAUCCUUACCUCAGCACUUUCAACAAUACCUCCUGCUUUUACUGCCAGACGUAGACAGACAGAUGGGCAGUGAUGGAGUGGUUCGUCUCAAUACUUCAGCUCUGAAUAAUGAAUUUUUUGCUUAUGCCGCCCAGGGUUGGAAACAGCGGCUAGCAGAAGGUGAAUUUACCCCAGAAAUGCAACUGAGAAUAAGGCAGGAAAUGGAGAAGGAUAAGAAGACAGAGCUAUGGAAGGAUAAAUUCUAUGAACCUUAUUAUGGACAAAAAUUAGGUAUAACAGAGGAAGACUCGGUGACACUCACUUCUGUUCAGAACUGUAUAGAGGAUGAGGAAGAUGAGGAAGGAGUCCCGACAGCAGUGACAAGCGUCCCAGGACCAGGAGAAAAAGAAGAAAUGAAUACGACCGAAAAGGUCCAUGUUUGUGAGAAAGAGGAGAAGACAACAUGCAACGUGGAGAUAACUUCCAAGUCCAUAAGUGGACUUCUUUCAGAGGAUGUGCUGCUGCCUGGAUUCCCUGACAUUACUGUGGUACAGGAAGAGAUUGCAGAAGAAGUAGACUCAAGUAGCUGUGAGUACCUGGGGGAGCCAGACAAUGCGAAAGUGGUGAUAUGCUAUGUAAAGACAGAGAAGAGAAGCUGUCCCCUAGCGCACCCCAGCACACAGAGCAGAUUGCCCCUCUGGAGGUCGAAAACAUAA